GAAAAGCGUCUUCCGCAAAUGUGUUACGUGUACGUGUAUUUGCAGACAUGCGCCGUCGAUGCCGCCGCUAGCAUUGUUUUGUAGCUAACCUAUAUUGCUAACUAGCGAGAAUUUCUCUCCCUGGACACAGCUAUGGACAUCGACGGGUUCUUGGAAGCGUUUCAAGAUUUUGAGAAGAAAGGGAAAAAAGACACCUGUCCUGUACUAGAACAAUUCCUGUGUCAUGUUGCCAAGACGGGGCAGCCGAUGAUCCUGUGGCCACAGUUAAAAACAUACUUCAUGUUUAAGUUGGAAAAGGUUAUGGAUGAUUUCCAUGCCUCAACACCAGAACAGAGAGGACCACAUAAUCCCAAUGUGGAGUAUGUUCCCUUUGAGGAAAUGAAGCAGAGGAUCUUAAAGAUAGUUGAUGGUUACAGUGGAAUCCCAUUCACCAUCCAGCGUCUGUGUGAGCUGCUUACAGACCCCAAGCGAAACUACACGGGAACAGACAAAUUUCUCAGGGGUUUAGAGAAGAAUGUAAUGGUGGUGAGCUGUGUGUAUCCCACAUCAGAGAAAAAUGGGGCCUCCAGUAUAAACAGAAUGAAUGGAGUGAUGCUUCCUGGCAACUCCUUUCUCUUUUCAGACAGUCGAAACAUAAAUGGGCCAGGCACACCAAAACCCCCCAGUAGACCAAAGUUGUCAUUGUCAAAUGCACUGUCCACAAAUGGGCUCCCUGACUGUUCAAUCAGCAAGGAGCCAGAGCUGACCACCGAGGAGGUUGAGCAGCACCAUAUCAGUGAUUCCUCGCUACCUAAAGAUGAAAUUACACCAAAUAGUGGGAUAAAGAACAAACACCCAGAGGAAGACAAUGAUUAUAAGGCUGAUAAGCAAGAGAUCAAGAGGCUUAAGUUGGACAGAAAAGAAGACAUUGAAACAGAGUCUGUAGAAAAAGAGUUAUCGUGUCAUGAGAAAUCAGAGAGUCUGUCAAAGACAUUGGAGACGUCGAGACACGCUUGUGGUCAAGAGAACAGUGCAACAUCGUGUGACACAUCUGCUGUUUCUGAGGAUCAUGAGUACAGCAGCACACAGACAGUAACUUCUGAAACGGAAGGAGAUUCAACUAUGAUGGACGAUGUCGCCAGUCUGAGUAUUGACUGCAGUGUGGACCAACCUGAGCAGCCUGCUCCAUCAGAGGACUGGGACAAUGUGGAGAUCAAUGAAGAGGGUCUAGUGAGGACCAAACUACAUGCGUCUUCUUUUAGUGGUUUAUCUGACUUGUCAACAGAGGGUGACACUGCUGAUUCUCAAAGAACAGAACCUGGGGAUAACUAACUAGAGCCCAGCCUGCCAAUGAACUGUUUUUGUUUUUACACUGUAAGAAACCACACCAAGGGGAUAUAUGUAGCACUGUGGGCCAUUAGACUCCAAAACCAGAAGCAAUCUGGACCUGAAUUCCUCUUGGAAGGAUCUUUUUGUCCUCUUCAAUUCCAGCUAAUUCCACACAUGACCUGGUUUUUAAAUUGCAAGGAAAUUAUGUAAAGAUUGUGAAGACUCAGCUUUUUCACUGUUGACUGUUUUUGUAAUUUCUUUUCAGUUUUCUUUUUUAUAUCUGAGCAUUAUAAUUUAACGUGAUAACUGAUAUAACCACACUCAUUCUUCAUUUGUCUUUCUAAAAUGAUAAAUAUGGCAUAUUGAUUUGAGUAUAGGUGAUUCAACAGUAUUUUUGAUAAAUGUCACUCCAUGUGGACUAGGACACCUGCGGUUAAGAAUAUAAAGCAACAUUUACCAGAUGUAUGCUUACUGUUAAGCACAUACCAUAAAGUAUAUUUCUGAUUACUAUUAGAAGAAAGCCUUUAUUGGUCAUUAUCACAUACAAUGUAACAACAAAAUGUGUCUACUGCAUUUAACACAUCCCCUGGGGGGAGCAGUGGGCUGCCAGGCGAAGUGUCUUACUCAAGGACACAGCCACCAAUCCACCUGUUAGCUUGCCCCUGUUAGCUUUUAAUUUAAUGUGUAAACUACAUACUAUUGUGGGUUGACACAAUGUUUGGUCAUUUCUGUGUCAACUGUCAUAACCCGAACAGAAGAUACUUUCACACUUGUAUGUAUAUCACGCCUUAGUUGUCCUUUUUGAUAGCUAGGAUUUUUACAGGAUAUAGUGGUAAAUUUUUGUUGACCUGUAGUACAUGUCCACUGCCUUCAUGAAACUGAUAGUCGCUGGAACUUGAAUGCUUGAGCUUGUGUCGUAGUAUUCAUGGAAAGCAACAAAUGCUAAAAUUAUAAAUGAUGAUUACUCUGUUAUUAUAAAGGGAGUUUUUUGACACUACAUGGCAUUCCUGCAGAAUAAUAUAGAGCCAGUGAAAUUGGAAAUUAUGAUGCAACUAGGAACAAUAUUGUCUGCUGGAUGAUCUGUCUAGCAAGAUUAAAAUAUUGUCAUAUUUUUAGGUACUGUUGUAAAUAAGUGUUCUUAAAGUUAACCUGCAAAAGCCCAGUUUGAGCUCUUAUUAGUUGGUAUAGGCUCCAAUAGAUGCCAAGAAAUAACUAAAUAAGUAAAUGUUGAAUAAGAUAAGAUCAAAUAUAUAACUUGUUUUGUAUUAAGGCUACCCUCCCAUUGCUCUGCAUCAUACUUUAUUACUGGUAGAACUGAAAUAAAAGACAAAGCUGCCAUUUUCUUAA